UUUGCGGCUGUCAGCUGUUCGGAUACGUCUGGCUCACAGAGUCUGCCCGCUUAAAUCCAGACAAAUCGCACCAAAACCCUGGUCAAGAUGCUGAUCUACAAGGACAUCGUCUCUGGUGACGAGAUGUUCACUGAUACCGUCAGGGUGACUCUUGUUGAGAACUGUGUUUACGAGGUCACCUGCAAGCACGUCGUUCGUAAGGAGGGGGAGAUUGUCCUUGCCGGAUCCAAUCCCUCCGCUGAGGGCGAAGGUGCUGAUGAAGGUACAGAUGAGCAUACCGAAGCCGGCCUUGAUGUUGUGCUCAACCAGCGGUUGCAGGAGACCUCGUUCGACAAGAACGGUUACAAAAUGUACCUCAAGACCUACACAAAAGCCCUCCAGGACAAGUGGAAUAAGCUUGAGUACUCCGAGGCGAAGAUCGCCGAGCUUAAGACGCAGUGCCUGGCCGGCGCCAAGUACAUCAUCAGCAAAAUCGACAAGGAUUGCCAGUAUUUUCUCGGCGAGUCUAUGAACCCUGACGGCUGCGUAGCGGUACUCACCUAUCGUGACGGUGCCGACGGGAACGAGGAGGCCAUUAUGAUGUUUCUCAAGGCUGGCGUCGAGGAGGAGAAGUGCUAGGUUUACUUAAACACAAGCACGGUUGGCCUGGGCCUAGGCCUCGCAGCCGGCCCAGCACAAAUUGUUUUUCUACCUUCUUUUUUGACCUCUAUCUUCUUUAACAUUUUCAAGUUAGGAAUUUAAAUUGCAACAACAACAAAAACGACAAGUAACACACUAACGGGAACAGAAAGAGCAACAACGAUAAUUACCAUCAACAAAGUAGUAGCAAAUCAUCGGGACCUAGUGGUGUCGCUGACGAUUUUGCUGAUUUUGUUUUUGAGGCGAAAUGUGGCUGUUGCUUAUCCAUAAUUACGACGAUCAUGAUGAUGAUGGUGAUGAUGCUAUUGAUAAUGAUAAUGACGAUAAGUGAAAAAAACGGAUAUCUAACUUAUUCUCUCGUCGAGUCCAAAGGGUGGGUUGAAGGUUUAACAAUUUUCGACCAAACCACGAACGAUGAUAGACCGUUAGUUACACCGAUAUAAUACAAGCAUGUUUAUAUACACUCACUGUACGGGCAUGCAUUUUUCACAGCGAUGUGGGCUCUGCGUUCUCGUAAGUAUAGCGAACAUAAAGCCAUGCGCAGGAAAUUGCAAACAAAUAACUGUUGAUUCGGUCAAACCAAGAAGGCAGUCUUCAUGUAAGACAUAAAAGACAUGUGUUUGGAUUUAAUAAAUAAGCGGGCGUCGUCUACGAGACACCUUAAUGAAGGAA